AUGUCUACUCGAAAUCCCUAUCAAUCAGGCUCCACUUCUAGGGUGGGGAAGAAAAGAACUGCCAGUCAAUACGGGCAAGCGUGUUUACCCUGCUUCAAGAACAAGUCCAAGUGCGUUAGACACGACAACGCUGAUAGCUGCGAAAGAUGUAUUCGACUCAAGAAGGAAUGCUCCUCGGCAGAGUCGCUUCGCAAGCGAGCUACUCAGAAGCCUUCCGAUGCGGCUGCAACAAUCGCAAGCCUCAAGGCCAAGGUUGACAGUCUCAACACGCUUUUAAAUGAAGUCGUUGAGGGUUCUGCUUCGCCCUCUGCCUUGCGCGAUGUUCUUCAGGAGAGACAGCAGGGCACAGAACCACUAUAUGAAACGAGGGAACUGUCGAUAUCUGACCGGACGCCAACCACUUCAAGUGAUUGGAAGUUAUCUCCCGAUCAAGAACUAUCACGUCUUUCUAUCUUCCGGGAACGGAUGCUGCCGUUUCUUGCGUUCGUGGAUCUGCCACCAGAUUUGAGUGCACAGAAACUCGACGAGGAGAAGCCGCUUUUAUUUCAAGCCAUUAUGGCUGUCACCUCGCCAUCGGUCCAGGAGAAACGGGUACGUGGGAACGAGUUGAAAAGUAUUAUUACCCAAAAAACAUGGGGAGGCAUUGACACGAGCUUGGAUUUGCUACUCUGCGUAUUGACAUAUCUCUGUUGGGGUUAUGAUACCUUUAUCAAUAAUGUGACCACCUCGAGUCCUUCUCGUCUAACGCAAAUAGCAAUGGCGGUAGCGUACGAUCUUCGUGUGGAUACAUCAGGACCCAUUGGAUCAUAUCUUUUCCCCGGCGAAGUAAUGAGCGCGGGCCUAGGCCCUCGUCGUUCGAGAAACCCAGAGGAGACAGCCCAGGAAAAACUAGAGAACAAGAGGGCUAUAUUGGGAUGUUUCUUUUUGAGUUCUUUGACGGCAUCUCAUUAUCGUCGAAUGGAACCUAUGCGUUGGACACCUCAGAUGGAGGAGUACCUCGACACUUUAGGCAGAACCAAGGAGUGUGUAACCGACGUACUGUUUUGCCUGCAGGUACGCCUCCAGGCUCUUGCUCAACAAGUCAGCGAGGAAAAGGACCAGCGACAAUUGGGGCGCUACCAGACAAUCGCGAACUUGACGCCCGGCAACUCAACAGAGCCUUUGCUAAAUAGGUGGUAUCUUGAGGCCGUGCAAAGGAAGAUACAUGAAAUAGCGGCUUUGAUACCACCGCAUCUCAAGUCUAAUGAAAUACUUCUGUCACAACUCUAUUACACCUCCCUUAGCAUAUACGAAACCAUCCACCCAGUCAGUGCGGAUGUCGAAUACACCCCUUCAUUCAACAUAUCAUCCACCCUCGAUGAGCGAGAUUGCCACUACCACACCCUACAGGCUAUACGAUCCUUUUUUGAUAAUUUUUCCAGAUUUACUUCCUUGCAAUGGGCCGGUUUCCCUUUCCAUUUUUGGGCACAGUCGGUACGGUGUACCGCCGUAUUAAUAAGACUAUCACUCCCCGCGGACCACCGUGACGAAGUUCGUAAUACAGUUGACGUGCUCACUGUGGUGGAUUUGAUUUCGGAAAGAAUAAAAGGAGCCGCGAUUGAGGCAGGGGAGACUUCUUCGGAAGACCUUUUUGGAAAAUUCCAUCGUGCCUCAAGGGCGCUGUACGCUCAUAUAUCCGCCAAGUUGCAACCACCCCCAGAGCAGCAACACACUUCGCUGCCUUGGACGGAAGUACCCGUCUGGGGCGACUCUGGAUUUGAUCCGGGUUCCAUUGAUGCGACGCAGAUGUUGAUGAUGCAGUGGCUUGGCUUUAAUGAUCCCACUGCUAGUGCGGCGAUGUCGUUCAGUAGUCCGGCUUUAUACCAUAGCUACAUGCCCGACAUGUAA